UUGGCCAGUUCGUUGGUGCCCGUGCGCUGGUGAGAGCUACGAGCGGCUAGCGUCACACUUCACCCCCUGACUGCUAACGGUAGGUGAGCUACAGGAAACAGCUGGUGGCUUUGCGUCGUCCACAUCAGAGGAGAGCCUUGGUUCACUGCAAGGUUACACAGGGAGUCAUUUCCGAGUACGGCGAGGAUGUCUGUCCCGGCAGGAGAGGGAUGAAGAUGACGCGACUGUUAUGGCGAGUUGUGUCACUGUGUCUGUGUGUGGCUGCGGUCUGCUGGCGUCAUUGUUGCUAUGUUGGUUCUGUGGAGUUACACCAAGAGGCCCAGAGGCCCAUGUCCUCACAGGACAUCAGUUCGGAGGAAGAGUCAGAGGAAAAGACCGAUAAUAACAAGGAAACCUGGGUCUUACCUACUCAGUCCCAGUUAGAAAAUAAGAAAUUGAUAGAAGGUAAUCAGCACCUGGACGAGCAGACAACACAGGAAGUGGACAAAAAUGAACAAUUUUCACAGGUUGUUCAAAAGGAAGAGCGUGCAUUAGAUGUAGAUUUGAAAGCAGACAAUGAAAUUUCAGAACCAGAACCUGAAUCAGAACCUGAACAAAGCACAGAAAAUCUUGAUCAUGAAACCAUCAUCACUGAAGACCAGAAUUCAGGCUCCCUUCUUCAAUCACCUGACCAUGUUUCAGGUUUUGCCGCUGAGCUGAAAGACAAUCCAAGUAUCUCUGACAUUCAAGACAACACCCUAAACAGUGUUUCAGAUGAUGCAUCUGAUGUAGCUGCACUAGGGGUCUCUAACGGUGACCUUCUUCCCAUUGAGUGUGAUGAAAAAGAGAAUAACCUAUCUGAUAAUGACGGCAGUCUUCCAGUGGUUGUAGAGAACACAUCUAAUGCUCAUACUGCAGGUACUAAAAGCCAUACAGACCUUCCGCUGGGUAGUCCAGCUGGUCAGCACCUUGAAGCGAAUACAUCACACAUGCUGAAAGAGCAAGACCUGAGCUCCCCUGUCACCACAGACACAGAUUCCAGUGUGAGCAGCAAAGACCCUGAGGACAUCCCCACUUUUGAUGAGUGGAAGCGAAAAAUGAUGGAGGUGGAGAAAGAGAAAACUCUCUCGACUCACACCUCCAACAACGGGGCUUCUAACACAGUUAAGAAGGUUCAGAAGAAUUUCAAUAACUACGCCUCUGUGGAGUGUGGAGCCAAGAUCCUUGGCUCUAAUCCAGAGGCUAAGAGUACUUCUGCCAUACUGCAAGAGAACAUGGACUUGUACAUGCUAAACCCAUGUAGUAAUAAAAUCUGGUUCAUCAUUGAGCUCUGUGAGCCCAUUCAGGUGAAGCAGCUGGACAUUGCAAACUUUGAGCUCUUCUCUUCUACUCCCAAGGACUUCCUUGUUUCUAUCAGUGACAGAUACCCAACUAACAAGUGGCUAAAGCUGGGAACCUUUCAUGCCCGGGACGAACGCACAGUUCAGAGCUUCCCACUGGAUGAGCAUCUUUAUGCUAAAUAUGUGAAGAUGUUCACCAAGUACAUAAAGGUGGAGCUGGUCUCCCACUUUGGCUCUGAACAUUAUUGUCCUCUCAGCCUCAUUAGGGUGUUUGGCACAAGCAUGGUGGAAGAGUACGAGGAGAUAGCUGAUCCCUCAGAAAGACCAGAUGAUCAGGACGAUGAUUUGGACUAUCCCCCUGGAUAUACACCUGGCGAUGUCAAGUUAUCUGAGGAUCUGAUUGGCUCAGCUAAGGAUGUCCUUUUAAACAUGGUCAAUAAUAUUGCAGUCAAUGUUCUUGGUGGAAGCCCAGGCAUGAAAGGAAAUGAUUCUUCCCAUGAAGUGAACACGACUGAGCCGUCAUCACAGAAGGAAACGACUCAAACUGUAACUUCAGAUGCUGAUUCAGUCCCACACUUUGAAGAAGUAGAGAGUUUACCAGACUUGAAUGUCCCUGAAACUGCUCCCUCUGCAGAGGUCCCUGUUCCAAUGGCACCUGAUACCAGUAAUGGUAAUCAAGAGCUUCACCUAGUGGAGGAAAAGGCUGUUAUUCCUUUGGAGACGGAGGACGAAGAACAUGUAAACUUUACAGUCACACUCCUGGACAAAGAGGAUGUGCAGGAUGAAGAAAAAGAGACAUGGGAUCAUCAUGAGAAACAAGACAGCUUAAACUACUGUUCACUAUUUCCUUCAUGUUGUUGUGCAACAUCUCUUCAGGAAUACCUCUAUCAGCAGAGUUCAGCUAUGCUGUCCAAAAAGAGAAUGUGUCAGAAAACAGACAAAAGACCAUUGCUCUCCCCCAUAUUAACACCCACCUGGCACCUACCUCUGUCCCCUACCGCCUGCCCUGAAUCCCAGCUACACCACAGUGAGGCACAUCAGUCCCCUGAAAACCAACAAGCUUCUGAGGUGGAGCCAGAGAGCGGAGCCAGCCCAUCAGAGACACUACAGCCUCCAGAGAGCACAACAGAAUCUCAUAAAGAGUUCAUGUCUGAACCUCCUGUGCUGGAGCCUAGUCAAACCUCAAACCUUCCCAAAUACAGUGUAACUGAUUCAUCUUCUGCCAAACCCACCAAUAUUGUGGAGCCACCACAGCUCUCCUCUGAGGAAGCUGCAAACGAGCUUAGGCCAGAAAAGACCCAGGAUGUGCUGGCUGUAGAGAAAUACACCGAGCCUCCACCCUCAGUUAGUAGCUCUGUCUAUGUCAAACCUGUUGUUACUGCUACACUCAAUGAUUCCUCUGUAGCAUCAGAGCGGAAGCCAAAUGUUGAUUCUCAACUAGAAAUAAAUACCCCUGAUGAAAUCUUGGUGAAGACGGAUCCGUCUCAGCUUCUCCCUUCCGAUACCUCGCCUGAUUCAGAACAGCCUCCGGCUCCACCAGUCGUUCCUGAGAGCAGCAGUGCUUCCACUGAGCUGCCUGCUCCUGCUCCAGAAACCAUCACACAACCUGAGCACACGGGUGUCGCCCCGGAGGCUAAAAUGGAGGAUCUCACAGAAGAUAUAUCAGCAUCAUCAGGUGGCAAUGGGCAGCUGCCUCGCCCCUCGUCAGACAUCUAUGCAGAACCACCCAAUGACACGGAACAGAGCGGGAACCCAGUGCACGGCUCCAGCCAGAAGGAGUCUGUGUUCAUGAGACUCAACAACCGCAUCAAGGCCCUGGAGAUGAACAUGUCACUGAGUGGACGCUACCUGGAGCAGCUUAGCCAGAGGUAUCGGAAGCAGAUGGAGGAGAUGCAGAAGGCCUUCAACAAAACUAUUAUCAAACUCCAGAACACAUCCAGAGUAGCAGAGGAGCAGGACCAGCGUCAGACGGAGUCCAUUCAGUUGCUGCAGGGCCAGCUGGAAAACUUGACUCAGCUGGUUUUCAACCUGUCUGUCAGAGUGAGCCAGCUGCAGAAUGAGGUGUCAGACGGACAGAACUACCUGCUGGUGUCUCUGGCGUUGUGUCUGUGUCUCGGCCUUUUACUUUGCGCCAAUCACUGCAGGAUCUCCACGGUUCCUCCAGCCGUAGAGCCAGACCCACCCACACCCAAGACCUACACCCACUGCUGCCCUGAAAAACACUUCUGCUGUGAUGAGACGAGCUUGAAGAGGAGUGCGUCCUAUCCACUCAUACACUCUGAGUCAUUCCAGUUAGCCACCACUGAAGGUCCAGAGGUGCUUCAUGCAGCAGACACACAGAUUCUGUGUCCAACAAGCAGAAAGAGGAGACGACGUAAGCUGAAACUCGUAGAGAGUGUGGAGACUCUGAAACCCUCUUUACAUACAGCUACAGAACUGUGCAACGGGGACGUUGUAUGUAACAAUGGUCCCAUCACCACCAAACCCACACCUCUUAUAAAGACAUUACUUCAGCCUUCAGCCUUUAGAGACUCUCCAUCAGAAGGCAGCUCGGAGGCUUCUUCUCAUUCAGAUGACCCUUCCUUCUGUGGCAUCACCACAGCCUGCUCUCGGAUCUGCGACGGCCUCCCUCCACCCAAGACCAGGUCUGAGAAACGGGCAUUAAGACGCAGGCGUCCGAGGCCCAGUUGCGCGGUGGUGGAUUUGCUUCAGGCUCCUCGGCGGGAUAAUGGAGACCUGUUGCCCCUCUCAAUACAGGACAUCAUGAACAGGAAAACGGAGCAAAGCUCUGGGACAUUCAGGGUAAAUGUUGCCCUUCCAGGUCCUGUCUAACACAGAAACAGGUUCAAAAGGACUCUGUUUUUUACUGCUACAAUCUUUUCUAAAGAGUGAAUGCUCAGUUCUGCGGUCAGUGUUAAGCUUUAAUAAGAGACAAUGUUUCAACUCUUUUAAUUAAGUCUCACUAUGUUCUCCAUUCACCUCUGUCAGACCGCUGUUAUUAAUGGGUACUUAAAAUCACAGCAAUGUCUUCCCAGCUUACUAUUAAACAAUUUCCCAUA